GGCCUACACCAUUCCUAGGUCUCUGAGGCACGUGUGGGAGUUAUCGGGGGCCCCUGUGGGUAGCGGUGGCUCUGUUGGACCUCCCAGGACCCCCAGCCACUCUCAGGAGCCCAAGGGGCAGGGUGGGGGAUCACCUGACCCCACAGAUGUCCCUCUGAGGCCUGGAGUUCAGGCCCCUUCUCUGCAGACCUGUGGGGGCCACCUUGGUCAGCAGGUGAUGCCCACCUCUCCUGGCUACUCCCCACCACCUCCUGCCCCUGGUGACCCUGCAGGUCUGAGAAGAGCGGUGGCAGCAGCUAGGGUGCCCUCCUCCCUCCGGUGUGUGGAAUGUGCCUGGCAUGGGGACCCCCCGAGUCCCCACGCGGACCGUGCUCUUCCGGAGCGAGAGGAGCGGCCUGACCUACCGCGUGCCCGCGCUGCUGCCCGUGCCGCCCGGGCCCAGCCUGCUGGCCUUCGCGGAGCAGCGGCGCAGCCCCAGCGACGCGCACGCCCACCGCCUGGUGCAGAGGCGCGGCGCGCUGGCGGGGGGCUCCGUGCAGUGGGGCGCCGCCCAAGUGCUGGACACGGCGGCCCUGGAGGAGCACCGGUCCAUGAACCCCUGCCCCGUGCACGACGCGCGCACCGGCACCGUCUUUCUCUUCUUCGUGGCCGUCCGCGGCCAGACCCCCGAGGGCGCGCAGAUCGCCACGGGCAGGAACGCCGCGCGCCUCUGCUGCGUGGCCAGCCGGGACGCCGGCCGCACCUGGGGCCGCGCGCGGGACCUCACGGCGGAGGCGGUGGGCGACGCGGAGCGGGACUGGGCUACAUUUGCCGUGGGCCCAGGCCACGGCAUCCAGCUGGGCUCGGGCCGCCUGCUGGUGCCAGCCUACACCUACCAUGUGGACCGGCGGGAGUGCUUCGGCAAGAUCUGUAGGACCAGCCCCCACGCCUUCACCUUCUACAGCGACGACCAUGGCCAGACCUGGCACCACGGCGGCCUCCUGCCCAACCUGCGCUCGGGCGAGUGCCAGCUGGCUGUGGUGGACGGAGGGCAGGCGGGCAGUGUCCUCUACUGCAAUGCCCGGAGCCCCCUGGGCAGUCGUGUGCAGGCCCUCAGCACAGACGAGGGCACCUCCUUCCUGCCGGGAGAGCUGGUGCCCACCCUGGCCGAGACUGCCCGGGGUUGCCAGGGCAGCAUCCUGGGCUUCCCAGCCCCACCCUCUAAUAGGCCUGGCGAUGAGGGAUCAUCAGUGGGCACCAGGAAGACUCCCUUUCCUCCAAAUCUCUGUCCUCGAGCCCAGGAAUCCCCGGAGGAGGGGGCUGGAGACACCCUAAGGGGUGGGGGGCUGGGUGGGACAGAGAGAUGUGGGGGCGGAACAGAGGGAUCAGGGGACCCCAGCCCAGGGCCUGAGACCGGUGGGGACAGGAGGGCCUGGUCCCUGCAGCUCCCUAGGCUCCCUGUUGCCCUGCCUCAGAGCCCCACAUGGCUGCUGUAUUCCCACCCAGCGGGGCGCAGGGCACGGCUCCAUAUGGGUGUCCACCUGAGCAGGUCCCCCCUGGACCCCCACAGCUGGUCGGAGCCGUGGGUGAUCUACCAGGGCCCCAGCGGCUACUCUGACCUGGCGUCCAUCGGGCCCACGCCUGAGGGCGCUCUGACCUUCGCCUGUCUUUAUGAGAGCGGAGUCAGGGUGUCCUACGAGGAGAUCUCCUUCUGCAUGUUCUCCCUGCGUGAGGUCCUAGAGAAUGUGCUUCCGGGGCCCGGGCCCCCUGGCCUGGGGGGCAAGCCCCGGGAGCAGUGCUGGCCCUCCUGAAGGGCCCUCUGACCCCGCCUGGCCCGGUGCGCCCAGGAGGAGUGGGGAGGGCAAGGGCCUGGAUGGAGCUCUGGAUGGAGACCUUCGGCUUCUUUAUGGAGCGCCGGGAGGGUAGGCCUUCAUGAAGGACCCUGUGCAAUGACACAGAAGUUCCGUUUUAAUAUGUUAAGCAGGCCUGGGCCUUGAGAAGGGAGCUCACAGCUGGAAGCCAGAGGAGGUGGGCUCUCAGCCUUGUAGGGCUGUGGGUAAGGGUGACUGGGGACCCUUAGACUAGAACAAGGUGCUGCACUGUCCUGGUGCCUGGCUCUUUAAUCUCACUCUGCUUUCUGGUUUCCGGACUGGAAAUAAAGGUGUGCAUUUAUGUCCA